AUGUCCCAGAUCAAUCAAACGCUUCGCAAAUGGAAUAAGCCGGCGUUCAGCGAAAUGCAAGCCAUCGGCUUGGUGGAACGGGAGUUUGGAUUAAGCGUGUCCGAAAUCAAACCGCUUCCUAGCUACGAUGAUCAGAAUUUCCACUUGUGGGUCGCUUGCUCGGAAGGGAAUGAAGGCGGCGUGGAGGAGUAUGUCCUCAAAAUCACCAAUUGCGAGGAGAGCCAGAAUCCCGGCCUCGUUGAGGUGCAGACCCGGGUCAUGAUGUUUCUGAGGGCCGAAGGCUUUCCCGUGGCCACCCCACGUUUCACCAAAAAGGGCGAAAUAAUGUUUAUCGAAUCAAUAGAUGUCGGCUCAGCCACCCAAGGCUACUUGGUGAGGCUCUUGACCUAUCUGCCGGGCCGGACGGUGGCCACUGUGCCCGUGAGCCCUCCCAUUCUGUACGAGGUUGGACAGCUAGCUGCCAAGCUGGAUAAAACCCUCGCCGAGAAAUUCCAUCAUCCUUUGAUAAAGCAUCUCCAUCGAGACACCUUCAUCUGGAAUCUGGCUAACGUUCCUCUUCUGGAGCAGUACAUUCCGGCAUUGAACCAGAGCAGAGAUCUUGAAGUAGUGAAGCGGGUUAUCGAACAAUUCAAACUUAUAAUAGUGCCAAAGUUAAGCAAGUUCCGGCCUUGUAUCAACCACGGAGACCUCAACGACCACAACAUCUUAUUGGACACCCAUUCUGCUUCCCCUGAAAGUCCACGCUAUAGAGUGUCUGGUAUUUUGGACUUCAGUGACAUGAGCUAUGGCUAUUAUGUGUUUGAAGUUGCGAUAACCAUCAUGUAUAUGAUGAUCGAGAGCGAGGAUCCCCUUGGCGUGGGAGGGCACGUCCUUGCAGGGUUCGAAAGCAUCGUCCCUUUGACGACUGAGGAGCGAGACGCCCUCUUUCUCCUCGUGAGCGGAAGGUUCGCCCAGUCUCUCGUGAUGGCCGCGCACACCAUUCUGCUGCACCCCGAGAACAAAGAGUACCUGAUGAUCACGGCCAAAACUGGAUGGAAACACUUAGCAAAGCUUUUCGAGAUGGGCCAGGAAGGGGUGGAGAAGAUCUGGUUUGAGACGGCGAAAAGAUAUACGUGA